AUGAGAGAUGGUGGUCUUUCAGGUUAUACAAACUUUUAUAAUGUAGUUUAUUGUAAAGUUGAUCGUCUGUACCACUAUGCAACAUAGGUUUGUUUAUUGUUGGGACAUGUUUUUAUGAAGCUGUUUGUGGUCUAUUAACCGUUUACUCUUCACAAUUGAAUACUAAUGAAAGCGCAACGCGUUUGACAACUAUGCGCUAUCUGGCUAUCUACCAUACACCAGAUAGCGGGUGAUGCAGUCUCAUUUUCCUGCUGCGACACUCGAUCACGUGACUGUAUAUAUCAGUGUCUGAAAAAAUUGCAGUUUUACUUUGACAUCGAGCGCACCAGGGGCUACGAACAUGGGACUACUACGGGAUGAACUUCUGAAGUCAAUAUGGCACGCAUUCACAGCCUUGGACGUGGAUCAAAGUGGGAAAGUGUCCAAAUCACAGCUUAAGGUGCUCUCUCAUAACCUGUGCACUGUGAUGAAGAUACCCCAUGACCCAGUGGCCCUGGAGCAGCACUUUAAGGAUGACGAUGAGGGCCCUGUGUCCAACCAGGGCUACAUGCCCUACCUCAAUAGAUUCAUACUGGACAAGGUCAGGGAUAACUUUGACAUACUGGAGUUCAACAAUGUGUGCUGGACACUGUGUUUCAAGAAAAACAUCAACAUGAGCCAUCUUCUCAUCUCCAACGAUGAUGCCUUCAAGGUCUGGUGCAUCUUCAACUUCCUGUCUGAAGACGGGUACCCACUGGUUAUCAUCACAGAGGAAAUUGAGUACUUCCUGCGGAAGCUGAUGGAGGCCAUGGGAGGCAUUUGGAAUCAGGAGAUGUUUGAUGAUUACAAGCUCAUGUUGAACAGGAAGCAGCAAUGCCUGAGUGCCUGGGAGCUGAUAGAGCUGGUUGGCAUGGGCCACUUCAGUAAGGGCAUGAACCGCCAGACCCUGUCCAUGGGCAUCUCUGAGGUCUUCCAGGAGCUCAUACUGGAUGUUCUCAGACAGGGCUACAUGAUGAAAAAAGGCCACAAAAGGAAAAAUUGGACAGAGCGCUGGUUUGUGCUUGGACCAAACUCUAUGUCAUACUAUGUGAGUGAGGACCUCACUGACAAGAAGGGAGAAAUUUUGCUGGACCACAACUGUUGUGUGGAGUCUCUGCCAGACAAGGAGGGGAAGAAAUGCCUCUUUAUAGUCAAGUGCAGUGACAAAAGCUUUGAGAUCAGUGCAUCGGAUAAGAAGAGGAAACAAGAAUGGAUUCAAGCCAUCCAAACAUGCAUCCAGCUGCUGAGGUUGGGCCUGCCCUCUCCGCACCUUGAGGCCAGGCUGCGGCGCAGGGAGGUCAGGCAGAAACAGCAGGCCGAGCAGGGGGAGCUGGAGGAGAGGAUGAGGCUGCUGCAGAUAGCCAAUGAAAACAAGCAUAGACAACUGGAGUCCAUGAGGAAGAAACUGGAGGAGGCAGCUGCCACAGCGACUCUGGAGGAGCAGAGGAGAAAACAGACCCAGGCUGACCUGCAGGACCGCUACAGAACGGACCUGGAGAGAGAGAAAAUGGUACGUCAGCAGAUGGAGGAGCAGGUGGCCCAGAAGUCCAGUGAGUUGGAGCAGUACCUGCAGCGUGUCAGGGAGCUGGAGGACAUGUACCACCGCCUGGAGGAAGCACUAGAGGACGAGAGACAGGCCAGGCAGGAUGAGGAGACCAUGCGCAAACUACAGACCAGGCUUCUGGAGGAGGAGUCAGCCAAGCGAGCGGAGCUGGAGCAAAUCCACCUGCAGCAGCAGAGAGCCAUCUCCCAGACCCAGGCUGAGAAGCAGGAGCUGGAGAGCGAGCGGCUGGCCAAGGAGAUGGCCCUGCAGGCAGCCAAUUUGCAGCUGGAGAGUCUUGAGAGAGAGAGGCACGGAGCGCUGGAGCAGUACGAGGAGGUGAGAAUGAAAUUGGAGCAGGCAGCUAAUAAGACCAAGAGCUGGAAAGACAAGGUGGCCAAGCAUGAGGGACUGGUCCAUCUCAUCCAGCCAGGCGAUAAAGGACCACAGAGGAUGACUAACUGGGGCCCAGCAGCCUUCACAGACACUGAGCUGGACCUGAGGAAGAAGUCCUGGCAGGAGAGGAAGAACCACAACCAGUCAGCCCAGUAGACUAGAGAUGGUGCUUCUUACCUGAUGGUCCAGACAUCUUACUGUGAUCGUGUAGCAUCAGGAUACUGUUGUCUUAUUGUUGUUGAGAAUUAACUAAUGUGUACGGUUGCAAAAUUCCUUAAACUUUCCCAAAAUGUCCAGCAUUUCCUGAAAUCCUGAUUGCUGGAUUCUGGAUUUCCUGCUUAUUUUCUCCUAAUUCUGGGAAUCUUCUAACUGGGAUAUCUGGAAUUUUGAAACCCUACUAAUGUGCCAAUGCUUUGACAUUCCAAGUGUUUUGCCAUUCUGUAGUCUGAUAAGUCUUUAACCAGGAAAUAGAGCUGUAGAUAUUCAAUMAAUAAUAUGUUCAACUUUUUUUUAAAUAAUGUCAUGAGAAAGUAAUAAGAUCAAAGUAAUAAGAUGUUUUAUAUUUAAAAUGCCAACGCAUAAGUAGUGUAUCUUAUAAAAUAUAUUUAAAGACA